AUGUCUCAAGUACCAUUGCAAUUUGAUUUCUUGACACCCUCCGGCUCUGCUUGGGGUCCCUCAUCCACUGUCCCUGAAAAUUUGCGUUUCCAUGACAUCCCAUACGCUCCUUACUCAAAGUCCGAUAAGCUAGGUAAGGCAGCUGACUGGCAACAAUCCAAGGAGGGAGGAUCUCAGCAACAAUCUGUCCAAAAGAACGUUAAGUUACAAAGAGGCCAAAGAGAUCAGUACCACGCUUAUGGAGCUUCUGCGGCUGCCUCAUUUGCUGCUGAGAACGAUGAAGACGGUGAGUUUUCGGUCGUUGACAGCUCCAUAUCUACUGCUAAGGACUCAUUCAACUUGCCUAACGCUCAAUCGAAUAACCAGAAUAACCAGAAUGCUAAUCAACAGAGACAGCCCACUGUUCUCCGAGGAAAGAAAUCUUCUGUCCGCCCACAAACUCAGCGUAAACCAGGCUACUCUAACAGCACUUGGUACAACAACCGUAUGAAGGAAGACAUCAACAAGAAUAGAGAGAGCUCUAUCAAGGUGAGCAAAUCAUGGAAGAUUAUCUCUGAUAUUGAAUUUUCUAAGCUUACUAAAUUAAAUUUGGAGGUCGGUCCUGGUUCCGAUGUCCGCACCUUCGGUUCUGUCCCAUUGUACCAGAAGACUUUUGAGAAAUUGAACAACGGUGUCUCUGCUCCUCUCAAAGCUUCCAAUCGUCAUUCCAUUAAUCCUACCGUCUCAAAAGACCCUAUCAUCAAGGAGUUGGCUGAGAAGAAGGAAGCAAAAGUGUUCUUCACCUCCAACGUUUUAACUCAAUUGAUGUGCGCAUCAAGAGCUUCCUAUUCUUGGGAUGUCAUUGUUACUAGGAAAGGUGACAACUAUUAUUUUGACAAGAGAGAUGGUUCUAUUUUGGAUAAGGUCACAGUGGAUGAAAACUCCUCCAGCCCUCCAUCUGAUACUCAUGACACUAACAUUAAUAAUGCUGAUAAUUUGAUCACUGAGGCUACUAUAAUUAACGACAAUUUUGUUGACUCAACUGUGGUGCCAAAUGCAGGCGUCACUCUUGACACGGAGGAGCCACCUUUCCCAAUUGGUAAGGAUAUCCUACCAAAGGGCUACAGAUACAGAAAAUUCUUGUUACCUGAGAACGACGAGGAAGCAGAACCUUUGCCAAUCAUAGUCCGUACCCCAGUAGAUGCUUACAUGAAGGACCAAGGAUUUGUCUCGGUCAAAGCCUUGAACCAGUAUGACCCUAAGGAGUUUGACUGGAAGGUCAAAUUAACGCAACAACGUGGUGCUAUUAUGGCUUCUGAAAUGAAGAAGAACAAUAACAAGAUCUCCAACUGGACUACCGAAGCAAUCUUGACGGGAAACGACACAAUCAAAAUUGGAUUUGUUGCUAGAAACACUCCAAAGAGCAACCAAACUCAUGUCAUUCUAGGUGUUGCUACCUACAAGCCUCAAGAUCUUUCCGCACAGAUCGGACUACAACAAGGUAAUGGUUGGGGUAUUGUCAAGUCGUUGAUCGAUAUUAUUAGACACGAAUAUGAACAUGGUGAUGCUACCGAACAGACUAAGUUUGUGGUGACGAAAGAUCCUAAGGCCUCCAAGUUAGUGCUGUACGCAGCCGUGGAUGGAAUUUUGGGCAAUGAAGAGGAUGAAUCCGUUUAA